GUUCUGUCCUGUCACAUCGUUGUUCAUGUCUGGAUGCUUCGUGUCUAGUAUGUUUCUGUGAGGGAUUUGGUGAAUUUCUACUCCAAUUCAUAAAGUUAACUAAUUGUCCUCUUCCGACAAGUGAUUAACCUACUGCUUCCUCGUUUCGAACAACUUUCUCAAGUAAAAACAAAUAGUGUAUCGUAAUUUUACGCCUCAUCAUAACACUGAGAAAACUGAUUAGAGUUAAUGACUACUUCUGGAUUAAAAAUUUGCUGAAACUCAAAGUGACGUGUUAGUCAAGUUUUCAUGUGUACCAGAUCGCUUCUGUCAGUAGGCUGUGAGAAAACAAUACAAUUCUCUCAGCAAUUGAUAGAAGAUAUAGUAUUCUAAAAAGAAUGUCGAUUUAUUCGGUUUUAAUGCACUGUGAGAUGCAGGAUUUAUUCCGAUACUCAACAACCUACCAGUAAAUUCAAAACAAAUAAUUGUUUUUGAUUGAAUAACUCUAUUCUUAAGUUACCUAAAAUUACCGUAUUUGGUGAUUUUCAACGUAUUUGUACCCAGAACUUUCAUUUGGGAUAAUUAUGCCUCGGUAUUCUGAAGAUAAACCAUCAGCGGAUAAAUGUCAUGUGGAGCUACCAGACAAACCAAUUCCUCUGAAUUUUAAGAAUCAAGGUGCAGUAAACAAUGUAUGUGACGGGCUAGCUGAAGAUAAUGACAAAUUAAGUCAACAGUUACGUAAUGAUGAAUUUGAGAUUGUUAGUCCUGAAACACAUCCUGAAUAUUUUGUACCAGUUGCUCCCGAUGGUGGUUGGUCAUGGAUUAUUUUGUUGGCCACAUUCCUUAAUUUCUUUCUAAUUGAUGGCAUCUUCUUUUCUGUUGGUCUUUUAAUGGUUGAAUGGGCUGAUCAUUUUGAAGCUUCAAAAACCAAAGUCUCAUUGGUUAGUUCAUUAAUGCUAGGAUGUUAUCAAAUGAUCGGUCCUUUUGCUGCAGCAUUAACAAACAAAUUUGGUUGUCGCACAGUUGCUCUUUUUGGAUGCACUCUGGCAUCUGUAUCGAUUUUCGUUAGUGCUUUAAUGCCUACUGUAAAUGCUUUAAUCAUUACGUUUGGAAUAUUAACUGGCUCCGCAUUUGGAUUAAUUUAUUUACCAGCACUCAUUGCGGUUAGUUUCUAUUUCAACCAAAAACGUGAAUUGGCUAGUGGUAUAGCUGUGGCUGGAACACCUCUUGGGGCUGUGAUAUUUGGACCUGUAGCGGGUUACUUAAUUCAGUUAUAUGGUUGGUCAUGUACAUUAAUAUUCUUCUCUGCAUUUAUGCUUCAUGGUAUUUCUUUAUCAUGUUUUUAUCGUCCAUUAAAACCAAUGCAUAAAUUAGAAAUAUUAAAUUUAUCUAAAGAAACUAAUGAAUCUAUUGUUAAUUUAAUUGAUGAUAUACAAAGUAAUCUAAUGAUAGCAUCGAAUACAUUUAUUAAAUCAAAUCAAUUUAUAAAUUCAUCAACUCGUAUUGGUCAAACUUUGUAUAAAUUAGAUGAAGGAAAUGAAGACAUUGAACAACAACAGCAUAAAAGUUCUAACAUUGAAACAAAUAAAAAAUUAAAAAAGAAACAAUCUACACAUGAGAAAUUAGAUGAAUUGAAUCCAUAUAAAGAGGAUGUACAGAAACGUACUACUGAAACAAAAGAAGCAAGAAGUGAAAUGCCUAAAUUAUCAGAAUCAACAACUAUGAAUGGUCAAACACCAAAAGAAAUUAAUAAAGAUUUGGUUGACCCGAGUAGCUUGAAUAAUCUACCGUCCUCAUCGUCGACAGCUGAUCAACCCUCUACCCCUGGAGCCAAUGUUAUUACAUUAUCUUCAGUCCCAAAUGAUCCUAUUAUUUCCACACAAAAAGAUCAAUUAUCACAAGAAUCCGUUGAUGAAAAACAGCUGAAUAAAUUGGAUCAAAAGCGAGAUCUUACUGAUGACCAGUUGGUAAUACGCAGUGGCUAUAAACUGUCCUCAAGAUUAACUAAUUUCUUGAGUAGUAUUGGUAGAUCACGAGAAACUGAUCCAACUUCGUAUGUUUUUUCUACACCAUGCCUAAGUGUUAACAAUCCAGCUUACAAUGAGCACAUUAAUCAGAAGACCAAUAAAUUUUUACGUGAUGUUUACCAUAGAAGAUUUGUGAAUCAUUUAAGAAAUCAAAAAUUAUUACGUCCUACUACUACUAUAUCAAGACGACGUCAUCUUUCGUAUAAUUUAACUCCAAGUAUUCCAACUAUUGUAGAAGAUCAAGAAUUAACUAAAUCUAAUGCUAACAAUCAACGUCAUGCUAAUUUAACUGGUCAAGAUUUUAGUUCUGCUAUUACUGUUGCAAAUUUAGGUCGAGAUAGACGUCGAAUAUCUGUGGAUCGGAACUUAAUCAAUUCAGGUCUUAUUCAUAGUUCUGUUGCAAGUGUAUUAACUACCAAUCAUCCACAAAAGAUAGAAAUUUGCAAAGUGGAUUCUAAACCUGUUUUAGUUGCAUUGCCUCAUGAAUCUAUCAAUAUUGAAGAUUAUUCACGACCUCUUUAUCGAAGUGAUAUAUUUUUCAGUGGUAAUCCAAUUUCACAAAUAUUAAAUGAUUGUUAUGCAUCAACUAAUAAAAUGAAAUCAACUGGAGAUGUAGAUAAGAAACUUCAAAACAAAUUGAAUGAUAUGUAUAAUAUGACAAAUUCAUGUUUAACAGUUCCAUUGAAUGAUACUACUAUUCCUCAUGAUCAUAUUAAUGGUUCUUAUGGUACACUUAGUGGUGGUGGUGGCGCUGGUGGUGGCGGCGGUGGCGGAGAGGAAUUCGAGUCAGAAUUCUACAAAUCACAAUCUAAUUGGAUGGAAUCAUUGAUUGUCUCAUUAACUAGUAUACCAUUACGAAAUGAUGACAAUAGAGAACUACUAUUACCAUCAACUAAACAGAGUUUAAAUGAAAAAUUACAUAAAAGUUUUUCAGAUGAUGUUAAUAGAAUUCAUGAUGAAGCGAGUGAUGCCUAUGCUGAUGAUGUUGUAGUUGAUCGUGAUGAUGAUGAUGAUGAUGAUGAUCAUGUUAGUGUGAUCAAUGAUAUUUGUUUAUGUGGUUUUUGUUUAACUGCUAUUCGACGCCUUCGUGAUUGUCGUUUAUGUUCUUCAAUGUUUUAUUCACAAAAAUUAUUAUUAAAUUGUUGUCCAUGUUUAGUUGUUGGAAAAAAACAAAUUUAUCAACAUGUAAAUAAAGAAUUUCCUAAUCAAUAUGAAUCUGAUAUGAUUAUGGAUAAAUCAAGCAUAAGUGAUGAUAAUGACUGGACUAAAAUUACAAGAGACACACAUUUUGUUCAAUGUUGUAAAUGUGUUUCUUUGAAACCUAUACUGGAUGUAUUAGGUACCAUGUUAGAUUUAUCAUUAUUACUCAAACCAAAAUAUUUAAUAUUAUGGAUUUCUAAUUUAAUUGGUUUAUUAGGCAUGUAUGUGCCAUUGAUUUAUGUUAGUGAUUUCGCAUCGACUUAUGGAAUAUCUACUAAAUUGUCAGCUUAUUUCUUAUCGAUUAUGGGUGUUUCAAGUAUUAUUGGACGAUUACUUGUUGCAUGGUUAAGCAGUUUAUCAUGUGUUUCUCCAUUAAUUUUACAAACUAUUACACAAUUCUUACUUGGACUACUUGUAUGUUUAAUGCCUGUUUUUACAACAUUUAUCGGUAUGGCUACUUCAUUUGGAUUCUAUGGAUUUUUAACUGGUGUCUUCUCCACUCUUAGUACAAUUAUAUUAUAUGAUCUAGUUGGAAUGGAUGAACUUACUACAGCUGUUGGUUUGAUAACAUUAAGUCGUGGUAUAUCUAGUGUUUUAGGUGCUCCAUUAGUCGCUCUCUUGUAUGAAGCAACAAAUAGUUUCAAAGUACCUUACACAGCAGCAGGCUUUACAAUUCUUAUAUCAGCGCUACUAUUCUUGUUAAUUCUCUGCUAUGAUUGGAUACUGUAUUUGUUUACUUCUGUUAAAUCGAAAAAAAAUAAUAGAGAAAUUUCAGUUGAAUCAUGAUCAAGAGAGGAAAGUGAACCUCACACUAUUUUGAAAAUAUAAUCGGUAUUAUUUUGUAAACUGCAAAUUUGUACAUGAUAAACACAAUCAUACAAGCAUAUACGCAUACGGUAUUUGCUCAGAUCUUCAGUUCAAUUGAGUAGUAUUUUGGACAAGAUGAAGAAACACACAUGAUAAAUUUGACUUAUUUUUAACAACUUACAUAGAGGUUAAUAAUUAACAUUCCUUAAUGUAUUUUUGAUGUUUUCAAAAAAGAAAAUACAACAAAUUUACACUUGUACAAAUAAUUAAAACAAGGUUUUUUUUCGAAAAAAAACGUGACACUGAUUAAAAUUUGAAA